CCCCGCCCACGACCAUACGACCCGUGUCACAUGACGCCCAGCCUUGAUACUACCUCCUGGUUCAGACACGGGCUUGGCUACACGGAACGAGGCUAACUGUUAGCUUCAGCUGUCUAGACGGCCGUCAUGAGUUUCCUAGGGGGUUUGUUCGGGCCGGUAUGUGAGAUAGAUGUACUGCUGAACGAUGCAGAGAACAGAAAGACAGCCGAGUUAAAGACAGAGGAUGGCAAAGUGGAGAAACACUACCUGUUCUAUGACGGAGAGUCCGUGUCAGGCAAGGUGAAUCUGAACGUGAAACAGGGAGGAAAGCGCCUUGAACACCAGGGCAUCCGCAUCGAGUUUGUUGGACAAAUAGAGCUAUUUUCUGAUAAAAGCAACACCCAUGAGUUUGUGGACUUGGUGAAAGAGCUGGCUUUACCUGGAGAACUCACCCAGAACAGGAGCUAUGACUUUGAAUUCAUGCAGGUGGAGAAGCCUUAUGAGUCUUACACUGGAGCUAACGUACGGCUCAGGUAUUUCCUCAGGGUGACAAUAGUUCGCCGCCUCUCUGACCUAGUGAAGGAGUACGAGCUGAUUGUUCACCAGUUAGCCACAUACCCAGAUGUCAAUAACUCGAUCAAGAUGGAGGUGGGCAUCGAAGACUGUCUCCACAUUGAGUUUGAAUACAACAAAUCCAAGUAUCACCUUAAGGAUGUGAUUGUUGGGAAGAUCUACUUCCUGCUGGUCAGGAUCAAGAUCCAACACAUGGAGCUACAGCUCAUCAAGAAGGAGAUAACAGGCAUAGGUCCCAGCACCACAACAGAAACAGAGACGGUUGCUAAGUAUGAGAUCAUGGAUGGAGCUCCAGUCAAAGGAGAAUCGAUCCCCAUCAGACUGUUUCUGGCAGGAUAUGACUUGACACCCACCAUGAGGGACGUCAACAAGAAGUUCUCUGUACGCUACUUUCUUAAUCUGGUCCUGGUGGAUGAAGAGGACAGGAGAUACUUCAAACAACAGGAGAUUGUUUUGUGGAGAAAAGCUCCGGAGAAGCUGAGGAAGCGAAACUUCCACCAGCGCUACGAGUCUCCCGAGCCCCGAACCCAACCAGUCACUGCUGAGCAGCCGGAGAUGUGAGGGCUUCGCUUUGGACUAAAAAUACACACAGACACACCCCAACUGUUCACUGCUUAACAGCCAGAGGCGCGAGGGCUGCCCUGCUCUCUCCCUGUCUGGACUGAGAAGAUUCCUGUAUACAUGAAUACACGUACAUACCUUCAGACAUCCUCCUCACCCCCCCACAGCUUCAGAUGGGAGCUGUCCUUCCACCAUAACCCCAACCCCCUUUUUCCCCCCCAGGAUGGAAACACACUUGCAUACAGAUGCGCAUACAGUCCAAGUCUGCCGAACGCUAAAUGUCAAGUCAAGAAUGAGAAUGCGACCUGCCCAAGUAAAGAAAACAGACAGUGAGACCAUAAAUCUGUUCUUGACGUCUCAGAUUGAAAACACACUCAAACCGCACAUUUAAGUGAAGCCAUACAGUCUCAGUUUGUCGAAGGCUUAAUAAAACAGGAGCAGAGAUAGGGAAGAGAGGAUGGGAGGAACUACCACAGCGUUUAUAUCUUCUUCUGCCACAGGAGCUUCUUCUGUUCACAUUUGGACAGCACAUUCUGGCAUCCUUCCUCAAACAUCCCCUUAAAAAGGUGGUUCCCUGUAAUCUGGCUCGGUCCACAGGUUGGCAUUUCAUGGGGACUGAGCUGAAUGAGGAUAUUGGAGGUUAAACAAUGACUCAACACUUGUUUUCUGUUUUUUGCAACGGUUUAAGAUAUAUAAGGUAUAUAAGGUAUAAUGAUGCCACAGCACUCACUCAUCUGCUUAGGGAACCAACAGUCGUAAAUGUGCUGUAGGGGCAGUAGGACCAGUCCAUAUAUGGUUUUUUCAUGCCUGUUUCAGUCUAACUAAUGUUAGAAUUUAGUUUGUGCAUCAAAUGUUCAUCUUAACAUGAUUUCAAUCUUGUAUUUAAACUUAAAAUUUAUUUCAUAGGAAUGACUAAAUAUUACUAAAUGUCCACAUCUCAUUUCAAUCAUGACUACAUUUUGAGUCAAGCUAAAUAAGAAUUUAUUAUUAUUUUUUCAAAAGAGGAAUUUACCUUCAGUUUGCUUGAAACGAAUAGAAAAACACUGCUCACUUCAGUCUGUUGUUGAGAUGAAUAUUUGAUGCUGUUUUCACUGCACAGCUCUGCCAGGCCUCUGUUAGCCUUCAAAUGUGUCUAAUGGCUGUUAAGUGUUUUAAAAGGCAUUUUGUGAAGUUCCCUUGUAUUUAUAACUAUAAUCUUUAAAGAUGGGAACUAUUUGUUGACUGUCUUCCUACAUGAUCGCGUCACUCACAUCACAAAAACAAUCCUACUGAAAACAUGGAAACUAUUUUUAAACCAGAUCAUGCUUUUGAAAACUGAAAAAUGAUGUUAUGAUCUGAAAUGUUAAUACUGUACACUCUGGUCUGUACACCUCCAUUAGGGUGUGCAUCUUAGAGAUCUAAAACCUGGACCAGUUCAGCUAAAUUCAUCUGCAUGGUUACAUAAAACACAAGCUACUUAUGAUAAGAAAGGUCAUUUUGUGAUUUGGGUGAAUCAAUGCUAGUGUCAACAUCAGGUCAGAUUUUUGGAUAUUUAUCAGCUUACGCAAUAUAAUAAACAUUUUCUUUAAUUUAUAGAACUUAAACUGACAAAAAGGAGGUUAAAUACAUGAGAAAGUUGUCAUUAAGCUACUUAUAUCUGAAAAUGAAUGUUCUGUCAUCUCCACGAGUAAGUAUUUAGAUCUUGAAUGAAUCAGUAGAAAAAUGAAGUGAUGCUACCUGUUAUCAGCAGACUGUAUGUUCUCCGUUCUUCACUUUCUUGCUCAUAAGGGUGCGGUGUUUGAAUUUAUAAAUACUGUUGUGUAAUAAAUGGCUCAUGUCUGCCAUUGUCAGCACUGGAAAGGAUGCAGUAUCAGUACAUACUGUCAAGUCCAACAAUGUUCCACUGUGAUGCCCAGACCGGCAGUUUAGGUCCUGCUUUAAAGACGCACUCUCACACUGUUGCUUGUGAUGACACCGGUCCCCUGUGUGUCAGGUGAAUUUGCUGUUAAGCUCUGAUCUGUGGCCAGUUUUGCACUUUCCCCUCCAUUGCUUAACUUUGCUUAAAAGGGGCAUGGAAGCUGAAACUAAACAUCACUCAAGGACAACUUCACCUCAGAGAUCUCCUAUGUCUGAAAUGGACAAUAUACUGUCAUUUAUAUAUCACUACUUGUUUUAAUUGGACUUACUAAGUACAAUAUUUUGUUGCUUUUUGUCUCUUUCAUUUAUAAGUUAUGUCACCAUUUUGUUUCUGGACACCCAAAACUACUAUUCAGUUUUUUGUUCCACCGACACGAGUGUUGGCGAUGCAUUUUGGUUUUCCUGUCUUUGGGACAGUCGAGUUUGCGAGUGAUGUCUUCCUUCUUUGUCUCUGCACAGGUAGAGUUUAUUUGGUGUACUUUCCAUACCUUCAAAGGUAACGAAACACUAAAAUGCCAAAAAAUCUCUGCCCCGUCUUAUCUACUGCAUGUUAAUCUUUACACUAUGUCUAAUCAUGCCAUCAAGGUGAGUGUGUGUGCAUUUGUGUGUGUAUAUGUGUAUAUAUACCAAACCCAAAUAUUAUAGAUAAAAUGAAUCAUGAAUAAAGCAAAUUUAUACGGAA